AUGGGAACUACUCGCUGUAUUCAGGCUGUUGUAGAAGCGCCGGUUCCCCUCAGGCUCUGCGUCCUCGCCGCUGUCCUGGUGCGCUCGGCGUGGGCGUGCAAGGAAGCUGCGAAAGUUCAAACUCUACACCCGGGUGGUGAAGAGGUCCUCAGGGAGCAAGCUGGAGGAGAUGCUACUGAGAACUUUGAAGAUGUUGGCCAUUCCACAGAUGCAAGGACACUGUCAGAAACCUUUAUUAUUGGGGAACUUCAUCCGGAUGAUAGAGGAAAGCUUCAGAAGCCAACAGAAACUCUUAUUACCACUGCUCAGUCUAAUUCCAGUUCGUGGUCCAACUGGGUGAUCCCAGCAAUAGCAGCAAUUAUCGUGGCCCUGAUGUAUCGUUCCUACAUGUCAGAGUAAGCGCCUUACUGAGAACUAGUGCAAGAAGAGACUGAUCUGGGAGAGAAUAUAAACAAUCCUAACCCAAUAUGCUUCUGGACAAAAGCCUGGUGUCUGAAGAAAAAUUCAACUUUUUCAGGAAACUGAACAAUUCUUCUCUGCUGUGCACUUUUCCUAAUGUUGCCUUCUUAUUUGCUGUUCUGAAGUGAUAAAAAGGCAGGAUUUCUCUUUUUGUAUAACAAUUUUAUUCUCUAAUGAAUUAUUUGAUGACUGUAUUGGUUUCUGUGUUAGAAUAUUGUUUUGGAUGUAACACUGAUUCUGGUUAUUUCUCUUUAGUCUGUAAUGGGGUCCAUAGGGAUCUCUUUACUUAAAAUUUUACAGCUUUAAAUGACUACCAAAACUGUGUACAUGUAUUUUUCCAUGUACACAACUUCACUUAAAAAAAAAAAUCAUGUUGUCUUAAAUGUAGUAUGUUUGAAUGAAAUACUAA